AUGAAACGUUUGCUGUAUGUGUCAUUCAGGUUAUGCAAAGCGAAGAGAAAAGGGGGUUGCGACAAUCUAUAUGUCUUAAAUUUAAGAAAGAAUUCAAUUUCAUUUCAAAGAAGACAUCAACCCAUGAUUACAGUUAUCAUCAUAAACCUGUGGUCACCUUAUCAAGUUAUUUCGAUUUUUUCUCGAAAAAAAAUGGAAGAUUGAUAUCUCUAGUCUUAUUACGUGUCAAUUCCAAUCCAUGACCGUCAAAUGGCUCGCUGAAGUCGACGUGCCGGAUUUGAUCGAUCGCAGCAGACGUAACCCUGAAUACGAUAGCAGUAAUCCAAAAGACACACAUACAACAUAUGUAGUUUUGUGCCAUGGAUUUACAAGUUAAAAAGACCGUCACGGCAGUGACCAAAAACAAGUGCUGCGCAAGACGUAAACCUCCUCUACAAACUCCUUAGUUAACAUGGAGCCCUUGAAGCCGUGUCCUCUUUCGGAAAUUUAUCGCAUUUUCAAUCUUACUUAACACUAACCAUGUCAUAACAACGCAUUCCUUGAAUGUAGGAUAUCUGGUCCAAGUUAAAACUAAUUCGAAAGCAAGAGCGUAAUGCAGCAAUCAUGUUUUUUCAGUAACAAUUUUUUUCCGUUAUUCCCCUAUGUUACCAACGUAAAGAACGUUUGGACAAGCGUAUAUAAUACAAGACAUGCGCAAAUGGAGGAAACUAUUUAUCUAAAUUUACAGUCAAAUAAUACGAUAUGCAUUCAUUCAAGAAUAGAACGAUAGGAUUGCCCUGAAUAAACUUAUUGACCUAAGAUAUUGUCAAAUGAUUGAAACAAUCUGGUUCGGCGUUCACAGUUUGUUCUAGAGAUCUGUCGAUAAUUUGCUAAGUUUCUAUUUAUCACCGGACGCAUUAGUUAUUCUGUUUACUUUGGGAAAUCUCGUAUGAAAGAAAAGCAGAGUGUAUGUCCACUGUUGUGUCACUUCAGACUUUGAGCGUAAAAUGCUAACGGAAUUUGCAGCGGGUUCUUCCAAAGCCGAGUUCAUGAUCAGUUUGCAGCCGGGACAUAGAGUUAGAUCAUGGACGGAGGCUGCCACGACCCCUCGUUUACUAAACAGAGGAGCUGACUUCCAGCCUUCCCGACGACCGCGUAUCAGCUCAUUUGCAAUAGCGGGGAAGAGCGUGGAAAGGAUAAAAAUCAAUGUUAGUGGAAAACGGUACGAGCUGACAUUCAACAGGCUGUUGAAAUUCCCCAAAAGUCUGCUAGCUCGGUCAGCACGCAGAGCUUAUUACUAUGACGCGGAAAAGGACGAAUAUUUCUUCGAUAGAAACCGAAUGGCUUUUGAGAGUGUGUAUCAUUUUUACCAAACCGCCGGAGAAUUUGUCCGUCCUGAACAUAUCCCUGACGAUCUUUUGAUGCAAGAAAUGCAAUUUUUCGGUCUUGUGCGAUACAUCUCUCUGCCGGAAAGUGUCUCUUCAUCCGUUCCCUCGCCUGAGACAGCUAAAAGGAGUGUUCCUAACAACAGGUACCAGAGAAUGAUUUGGGAACUCUUCGAAAGUCCUGGAUCUAGCGUUGCUGCCCGACUUGUCAACGUGCUUAUGCUUUUAGUGAUUGUUCUAUCCAUUAUCGCAAUGUGCAUUGAAACUCUUCCAGAGUUUAAUGACGCAGAUAUGUCGCCAGCUUCGAGGAAUCAUCAGCAAACAACUUUAAAUCAAACUUACAUCACAAGGAAACAACUGGAAAGCCGCAAUCGAAGAGAGACUAAUCUCAGCUUGUCAACUAAACUUAAGAAACUUUUUAUUGUCGAGGCGUUCUGCGUUGUCUGUUUUUCGCUGGAAUUAUUAAUCCGCUUCAUUGCGUCUCCUGAUAAACUACGUUUUUUUUGGAACGUUCUGAACAUUUUUGACCUCCUCGCUGUGCUUCCAUUUUAUGUCACUCUCGCUAUUUCUGGGCAGUCUCUGACCGCAAUACAGUCGGCCUACGUUCUGCGCGUGUUGCGUUUGACACGCGUAUUUCGCCUGGUUAAAAUUUACCGCUACAGUUCAACGGUGCAGGUGUUUGUCAAAACCAUCCAGGAAUGUAUCAAAGAUUUUCUAAUGCUUGGCUUCUUAAUUUUGCUGACCAUGAUCGUGUUUGCAAGCUGCUGCUACUACUUCGAACAGGAGCAUGAAGGGACCAAUUUUGUGAGUAUUCCUGCGGCCUGCUGGUGGGCCAUAAUAACAAUGACCAGCGUUGGGUAUGGAGAUAUGGUCCCUGUUACCCUUGCAGGUAAGAUAACAGGCGCACUUUGUGUGGUGUUUGGAAUAAUUAUUAUAGCUCCUUUACUGCCAAUCAUAGCCUCUAAGUUCAGUGGCAUGCAGGAGAAAGCCAGACUUGAGAGAGCGUUGGCGUUGGAAAAGCAGACCUCAAAUGACGAUUCUUCUGAGUCUUCGGAUGAUGCCAGUAACACCUCUGAGUCUUCAAAAGAUACGGUAAAGGCUGUAACGUUUGCUGAGCAACAAGGAACAUUUAAGAACCCGAAAUACAGCGAGCGACCUACAUUUGAGACUCCAGGGUACAGUGGACGACCGAGAAGCAUUACUGUACAUUAGUGAUGGACUCGAGAUGUACGGAAUUCUUAUUGAUCCAGCCAGCAACAAAAGACGAUAAUCAUGGUCUCUGCCUGCAGUCAUUAGAAUCAUGCUGUGAGCUAUGAAGAUGAUCGUGAAUAUAAUGUGCUACUGAAAAUGGCAAUUUUGCGUUCCGAUCUUUAAAUAAAGAGAAGAAAUAUUCCGAAGUCGAGUCAAAAUAAGUUCAUAGACAGCAGUCUUAGUAAGUCUGGGCUUGAAACAUUUCAUCCCGUGGUUACUGGACACCCCCUGUAGUAAGUAAGUGGACCUAGUAAGCUAGUAAGUGGACUCUACCAACAAAGUUAUCAUGGAUGACCGCUAAAUACAGUUUUCAAUGUAGCUGUUUUAAUAUAGGAAACCCCUACAUCAUAUGAAAAGAAUCACGUAUUUUCGCUAUGUAUUUCGCGCUACAUGUACAUCUAUUCUUAUGGGAUAUGAGCUGAUACCUCGCUGUUUGCUUGUUACCAGUGCCAUGCCAAUACAAUAGAGAGUUCACUGCGAGUUGGUCAUGCAUAUCUAAUAAGUAAAAAUUAAAUGUAGCCUACUCAUUUUCUCUUGAGCCUACAUAACAUAGCCUACGCGAGAUAUUACAAAAUGCUCUUAAAAUUCCACGGGCCGUUGGCCGAGGGCAAUUACGAAAAAAAAAAAAUUGAAUAUCAUUAUUACGUGCCUGAGAAAAUUACGACUGCACCUGCAUUACUCGACACAGUAAUCUAAACUAAAAUUAAAUGCACAGUCAAUGGUCCCAGAGGUUUUUCUUGAUUUUUCUCUUCUCUUGAUUUUCUCCGCAUGAAGACGUGUUCGCCGCUUCGCGAAAAGAAGAAAAAUCAAGAAAAACCUCCAGGACCAGGGUACCCGUUUGAAGGAUGGUUCUUGUUUUCCACCAAAAUAGUACCCAUUCCCGACUAGAAGCUCUAGUUUGAAGUGAGGACGGGAGAGCUCAGGAGGAAAUGAGAGGAACCAAAUAAGUGGCGAUUAAGGCUGUAGUCCGAUAGCUGAAACUGUAGCUGAAAGGGAACGACCCGGUUAACGUCUUACUUAGAAAUAAUGCGACUGGAAGGGUCAAAGUCUCUUCCAUUCAAGUGAUUCUCCAUCCCCCUCCUCCCCUUACAAAUCAAAUGUCCCUGCUCUUGCUGUGGAGCCUAUGAUAUUGCCGCUUAAUUAAAAACUGGAUCAUUGGAUAAUUCAAUACAAGAGUUUUCAUUGGCUUAGCAAUCAUGAUACAUGAGCCAUUUUACUAUGCUCUACAAAUAUUGAAAGCGCGCGUGUAAUUUUUGGUCGCGUUUUUAUUUUCAUUCUACUCUAGUUUAUAUAUGGUAUUUGCCGGCUUAGGGUCGGU